UACAUCCGAUGAUUUUUAUCUUGGUAAAUCCAGCCGCCCGGUGUGAAAACAAACAGGCAAACGGUGGCGUGUCCUUCGAUGACUUACGUAAGAGGCUGGGCGCGCGGCGGGAGCAGUGCGCUCAACUGCCCUCAACCCGUUUACCCCAUCAAGGCAUGUCGUCUGCUAGCAGACGCCACAAACAACAACAAACUUCACUUCAUCCGGGAGAUAAAAGAAGAUCGCUGGCGUGCGCAUAACGCGCGUAUUCGCACCAACCACAACACGGUCCGGACAGGCAGCAGCCGCUCUCGCUCUGGAUUAGCUCUCAAAUUCCAAGCCAUCAUGGCAGGACUUCUGAAAUCAGCUUUCCAUCUGUCACACACAGCUCAGUGUCUGUCUGGGCUGAAAAAGGUGAAUGCUAUGCAGGUUCGGUUCUUAAACUUAUUGGAGUACCAGAGCAAAGUGUUGAUGGAAAACCAUGGAGUCAAUAUUCAGAAAUUUAAGAUGGUUAGAAAUGCAGAUGACGCCAAAACUCUAUCUAAAGACUUGGCGGUUGAUGAAUAUGUAGUGAAGGCACAGAUUCUUGCCGGCGGUCGAGGUAAAGGUCACUUCAGCAAUGGGUUUAAGGGAGGUGUCCACAUUACUAAAGAUGCAAAUCAAAUCUGGCCUCUGGCUGAAAAAAUGGUUGGUCACAAGCUAAUUACCAAGCAAACGCCUCCUAGUGGAAUCAUGGUGAACUCUGUUAUGGUGGCCGAAUCCAUUGUUAUCAAGCGAGAAACUUAUUUUUGCAUUUUAAUGGACAGGGCACAUAAUGGACCAGUGCUAAUAGCAUCCCCAGCUGGAGGCAUGGACAUUGAGGAGGUUGCAGUUUCCAGCCCACAUCUUGUGAAGACUAUUCCUAUUGAUAUUAUUGAAGGAGUGACUGAUGACAUGGCAUUGACUGUUGCUGAAUUUCUGGAGUUUCAUGGAACCUCACGUCAGAAGUGUGCAGAGCAGGUUAAGGCUUUGUGGAGCCUCUUUACCGGGGUUGAUGCUGUGCAGUUAGAGAUCAACCCGCUGGCUGAAACAGACACAGGCGAUGUGGUGUCUGUAGACGCCAAGAUACAGUUCGAUGACAACGCUCAAUUUAGACAGAAAGAUGUCUUUGCCAUGGAUGAUACCACUGAGUCUGAUCCUAGGGAGGUGGAGGCUGCCAAGUACAACUUAAAUUACAUUGGCAUGUCUGGAGACAUUGGUUGCUUGGUAAAUGGGGCAGGUUUAGCCAUGGCAACAAUGGAUCUUAUCCAUCUGCAUGGGGGACAACCUGCCAAUUUCCUUGAUGUUGGAGGCAGCGUCAAUGAAACACAAGUGAAACAGGCCUUUGACAUUAUUUCCUCAGAUCCUAAUGUGAAAGCUAUCCUUGUUAAUGUAUUUGGUGGUAUUGUGAACUGUGCAACUAUUGCUACUGGAGUAGUUAAUGCUACUCGUGCCUCUGGUCUAAAGUUACCUCUGGUUGUCCGCUUGGAAGGUACUAAUGUUGAUGCUGCCAAAAAAAUUCUUCAAGACUCUGGACUGCCCAUCAUCCAAGCUAAGGAUUUGGACCAUGCUGCAAUGACUGCUGUUGAUCAAGCCUCCUUGAAAGCUAAAGCACAAGCCUGCUGAAAAGAAGAAGGAAGCAGACCUUUGUGAUGCCACUUCCAGCUUCUUUGUAUUGUGAUGCAUUUUCUUAUCCUUGAUGAUUACUAAACAAGUCAUUCUCAUACAUGUCGCGUUCAUAUUAUUAGUAUAAUUCUUAAAUCAGUGACUAUAUAAUCUAUUAUACUACCUGCACCUAGGGGACACAGUAGACUUUUAAAAGAGUCACUACAAUUUUUCUGGUUACGCUUAGAUGAGUGCCUUUCACAUCAAUCGUUUUGCUUGCCUGAUUGUCUCACAUUUUGUAUAGCAUAUGAAUAGUUCUGAAGACUGAAUUCAUCCUGAUAGCGCCAUCGGUUUAGAUUUGACAUAGUACAAGUGACAAUACUAGUAUCAGGUGUCAAAUAUGUGAUCAAAUUAAAUUAAGGUUUUGUUUUGUAGGCUAUUAAGCUUACAAAUAUUGUAGCCAUAAAUUUAUUAUACCUCGUUACAUUUGUAUAGUUGUUUUUUUGGUUUUUUUGUCUCUUUUAAGGAACAGUUUAUACAAUUUUAUCAAUGAUAAAAUGGGCAUAAUUAUGAACCACUGAUGCAAAGAAAGAGAUUUCUGCCUUCUUGGUUUGAAUAUGGGAGAAGAAAAUCUCUUGUGUAUUUAUUCUCAAACCUAGUAAUAUAGAAAUGUAUUAGAAAACUGUUUAACUUCUUCUUUGCAUUCUUAUCAUCAAUUUUAAUCAGACUGAGUUCAUUCUUAUUUCAUUGUUCAUUUGUAUCUAUUGUUUCACAAUGUUAUCAUUAUUACGAGUCCACAUAUUCAUUUCUGGAGGAAAGGUGCCAAAUACAUUCCCUCGGGGAAGGAGUGCAUUUAUAUAUGAGACCUCAUUGAGGAUUGAGUCUUAUUCCGUUUGGGAGAGUGUUUAGUGCCUUCACUGUAUUUCACUGGUUAGGAGUCUUUCUCUGUACUGUCUUCAAAUUCUUUUCAUUUUUUAAAAAACUUUUUUAGUCCAUAGUUUUGGCAGUGCUCAAUUAGAUUUAUUUAGUGUAGAAAGAAAUGAGUAGUGGUUGUAUUUCGGCUGUGCCAAUGUUUUCCCAAGUUGUCAAAAAAUGUGGCGUGUGGGGCUGAUUUAAACAUCAGAAAUCUGUUCAGCCCUUACUAUUUGGUUGUGAAAUAAAAUGAAAUAAAACAAAAUAUGCAAAAUGA